AUGGCAUCCUGUAGCGGAACAGGGAACUGGGGAGGUAAAGGGUGGGCGGGGUCAGAGGGGGGAGAGGGAAGGGGCAGCAUGGGGUGGCAGGGGGGUGAAAGAACGGUGAGCAGAGGCAAUGCUGCACGCUUGGGGGUGGCGAGGGAGGGGAAGGGCAGAAGAGGGGUGCGGGAGGGGAAGGCGGGGCAAAGGGAAGGGGCAAAGGGUGGCGGAGGGAAGGCGGGGCAAAGGGGGAAGGGGCAGAGGGGCGGAGGGGGCAGAGGUGCUGAGGGGAGGGGGAAGGGCAGAGGGGGGUGGUGGGGGGGAGGGGGAGGCGGGGCACAGAAGCGGGCGGCGGGGGAAGGGGCAGGAGAAGAGGGAAAGGGAGAAGAGGGGUGGCGGUUGCUGGCAGUCGCUGCUGGGGUGGCGGAG